CUUUCUAGUCAGAGUGAGAGACAGUUAUUUAGUUUUAAAUAUUUUCAAUUCAUUUAAGAGAGUUAGAGGGGUUAGGAAGAAGUUGAGUAAACCCACCUCACACGGUUGAGACUUGAGACUUGAGACCAUGGAUUGGCAUCAAAGUAUUCGCAUUGGCGGAGCGUGAACUUCAACGCGCGUCUCACUCCUCACGCUUCUCCAACCAUCUCAGAUCUAAACCUCUCUUUCCAUUCAGUUUCCGCUGCGGUGGUAACUCUUUCAAGCGCGGGGUUCUGGGAAUGGGUGAUGAGAAGAAAGAGACGAGUUCCAUUGCCACUGAUGCUGGGAACCAUCAUAAUAAGAAGAAGCAAAAGGGGUUUAUUUCUCGAAUUUGGAACCUCAUUUUCAGGUCUAGCGGUGACGAUUUUGAGAAGAGGCUUCAGCAUAUCACUAAAGAAGAAAACGUCGUCGUUACGAGAAUCAGUAAUAGAUCUCGCUCUUGGAGGCGAAUCUCUCGCCAGCUUAUUCUAUUUUCUGUAUUAUUUGAGGUGCUUGCUGUAUUUUAUGCGAUUGUAACGACGCGUUCGAUGGAUAUGAAUUGGAAAAUGAGGGCAAUUCGGGUUUUGCCUGUGUUUCUUUUGCCUGCUUUGUCGUCUGCUACAUAUUCAACGUUUGUUAGCAUCACAAGGAUGUGUGAUCGCAGGGACCAGAAAAUUCUUGAAAGGCUUAGAGCUGAAAGGAAGGCAAAAAUUGAUGAGCUCAAAGAGAAGACAAAUUAUUACAUUACUCAACAACUCAUUCAGAGAUAUGACACAGACCCGGCUGCAAAGGCAGCUGCUGCAACUGUUCUGGCAUCCAAGUUGGGUGCAGAUUCAGGUUUGAAGGUGCACGUGGGAGAUGAAUCCAAGUCUGGUGCUCCAACAGGGAAGACCAAGGAUGCUGAACUUGUCCAGUCUAGUGGACUACGAAAUCGCAAACAAGUGCAGUCUAGAUCCACUAGUCCAGGAACAAGUACCCCAAAUUAUUCUGAACAAGAAGUUGCUGGCUCUGGGCAAAUUGACCAAACACAGACUCCUGAGCGUAAUCAGCUUGUAGUUGUUGAACAUCACCAUCUUCAAAAUUCAACAACGAAUGAUGGAGGAUGGAUUGCUCGAAUUGCAGCACUGCUUGUGGGUGAGGAUCCAACGCAGUCUUAUGCACUCAUAUGUGGUAACUGCAAUAUGCAUAAUGGUCUUGCUCGGAAGGAGGAUUUCCCAUUAAUCACUUACUACUGCCCACACUGUCACGCGCUGAACAAACCAAAGCAAUCGGGUGAGCACUUAUCUGGUUUAAAUUCCCCAAAUCCAAACACUGGGGUGUCUCCAAAAACAGAUGAUGGCAAGGAAGUUAAAAAUGCUAGUGCUUCUGCAGCUGAGAGUGUAAUCAAAAGCAGUAAUACCGUAAAUACUAGUCCUGAGAUUGAGGAAGUGUCUGAAGUUAAACAGGCUAUAUAAGGGGAACAAAGUUAGUGAAAAGGUAAAGGCACAUUUGGGGACAUGGACUCUUGAGAUGACGUCUUCCCUUGUUUUAGGUCAAGGACCAUAAGGAGAACAACUUUGCAAUUGGUUUCCUUGUUGGCGUUGUAACAGGAAGAGUUUUUUUUUUGUUUUUUUGCUAUUUUAACAGGAAGAGUUUUGAUAUAGUACUUUGAAACUUUUGAUUUAUAAAUUUAUAAUACAUGAAUUACAUGUCUUGCUUGUGAAUUACG